AUGGCAACGAUACCGGCGGUAACUAGAAUAUCGUCACGCCUGAUUCGGAUUCUGGGCUGCAAUCCUAGCCCGAUGACGCUGCAAGGCACGAAUACGUAUCUGAUCGGUAGUGGACGAAGACGAAUUUUGUUGGACACGGGAGAUGCGAACGUGAAAGAGUACAUCGGUCAUCUACGUAAAGUGUUGAUGGACGAGCGAGUUCUCAUAAACGAUAUAAUUAUUUCCCACUGGCAUCAUGACCAUAUCGGAGGAGUAGACGAUAUACUGGAGGUCAUCGAUAACAAAGAUACAUGCAACGUGUGGAAAUUCCCCCGGACCGAUGCUCCCGAGCCGGAAGUACGAAAUACGAUGCUAAAGGAAUUAAAAGAUGGACAAAUAUUCACCACCGAAGGAGCAACAUUGAAAGUGGUCCAUACGCCGGGCCACACAACAGAUCAUGUUGUGCUAGUUCUGCAGGAAGACAAUUCGCUUUUCAGUGCCGAUUGUAUUCUCGGUGAAGGUACAACGGUAUUUGAAGAUUUGUAUCUGUACAUGAAAAGUUUGGAAACGAUUCUGAAUGCAAAACCUUCUGUUAUCUAUCCGGGGCACGGUAAUAUCAUCGAUGACCCAACGGAACGAGUAACGGAGUACAUCAAUCAUCGCAAUCAUCGGGAGAAACAAAUCUUUGCCGUGUUUGAGGAAAACCCGAAUAAGCAGUACAACGAGAUGGACGUUGUGCGCACGGUGUACAAGGAAACGCCGGAGCAACUGUGGGCUGCAGCAGCGUACAAUGUUAAUCAUCACCUGAAAAAGCUAACCGUCGAGGGCAAGCUGCUCGAGUGUGUUGAUAGCGAGGGCGGCAAUAGCUGGAAGUAUGUCCAGCCAGCUUCUCUGUAAAAGU